ACACAGUUUAUAUAUGUACUAUAUUAUAACAAGCACUUUGUUCAUGUUAGAAGAUAUUAUACAUUGCAACCCACACUGACUCUCGGUGUUAAAUGUACUCGGUAGAACAAGGGAUAUUAUGUGAAGCGCAUGCUGAAUUUCUGAGUAAUAAUUUUCAUUGUGAUGGACUUACGUUUUCUGAAUUUGUGAAGCAUUUUCGAAACUCGGUGGAUGAGGCUCAAGGAUACAUUUUCUACCAUGAGAAGAUGAAGAGACAAGAACGGACAUCCACACCGAUCAAGGCAGUGACCGCCUUCCACAUGAAGGAGUCAAAGUCAGAAAACUCCAGUCUGAGUUCUCAUCAGAAAGGAACGCUUGUGCCCAAACCUGCGGCUUCACCUCUUGGAAAGACUUACCUUAGUAAAAGCCAUGAAAAUCUGUCUAGUCAUCAGAAGAAGAAACUGGCAACUCUAGCUGAUCCUCCACAUCGACCAAAGUCUAGUUUAGGAAUAAUUAAGGGAGGCUCAAGUAAUAAGGAAAACUUGGCAACAAAAGGAAAAGAUAAUGUUUUUCUGAAACCAAAACCAGUGAAAUCUGGGGGGAUGACAACAAUUCGGAAAGCUUCUAGCACACAACAGUUGGACAAGACAGGUGCAAUGACGCCAAGGAGCACAAGUGCGAAAAGUUCAGCCAUGAAACGUGCACAUAGUUCUCACAAUGUGAGUAAAGAUAAAUCCUCUAGAAAAAGAACGUCUGCUCCAGCAGAUGUCAUGGCUUACAAUGCUGAAUUACUGGCUAACUUUGAGAAAGACAAGAAAGAAAAAGAAUCACGUAUUUCAGAAUUGAUACAAGUUGCGGAAAAUAGAAAAGCUGAAAUAGAGAAAUACAGGUACGAAACAAAACGUCUAAAGGAACAAAUACCAACACAUGAUAUCAAAGAUGAACUUGAAUUCCUAAGGAAAGAGAAUAUACUUCUAAGGGAACAGUUGCAAGAAUUAGGUUACCCAGUAGAACAAAUCACAGACACUGAAAAAUUGUCCAUUUUACAAGAAAAGAAUGCCAAGAAAAACAUGGAAUCAAGUGAAAGUAGUUUUCCAAAAAGUAAGAGCUGUGAUAGUCUGGACACAGAUGAAGCCCGAGGGGGGCGGUCCAUAAGUUGUAAGGGGGAGGGAACUGACAGACCGGCCUCCACAGCAGCCUCAGAACCCAUUCUGUCCUUGGCGGAUCAGGAAUUCUCACUGGAAAACAGCCAAUGGGAAAAGGGAAGCAACAAAAGUAGUGAUGCUCUCAGCGAGAUUUCCGUGGCAUGUCUAACAGAGCGCAUCCUACAGAUGGAAGAGACCCAUUACAGUACAAAUGAGGAACUGCAGGCAACCCUACAAGAGCUGGGUGAUCUUCAGCAAAGUGUCAAUGAACUGAAUGCAGAAAAUGAAAAACUUCUUGACCAAAAGUAUGUGCUUUUGGAAUCUCUGUGUACUCAAACCGAAAAAUUGGAACACUGUCGAGUUCAGAUUGAACAGCUGAAAUCUCUUCUAAUCAGUGGGAAUUUUCCAGAGCGAUCAGAAAGGGAGCAACAAUUGCUGGAACUGUUAAAAGGUGCUCAGGAUGAACGAGAGGAAUUUUUGUGCAAGCAGACAGAACUUGUGAACAUACUGAAUGCUAGGGAAAAUGAGUGUAGGGAAUUGGGUGAGCAGUGUGAUACGAAUAAAGACAAAUUGCAAUUACUGGAAGACAAAUUAAACUCACUUAAGUCGGAGAAAGAGAUUUGUGAGAAAACUAUUUCUGAUCAGAAGAAAACCAUUGAUAAUGAAAAGAUUGAAAUGGACCAUUUAAAGACUUUGUUAGAAAAUGAGAAAUCAAAAGUUCAGGAAUUAGAGCAGUAUUGCAAAGCAGCCGACAGUCAUUCUGAAUUGGAGGAACUUCUUCACAACACAAGGCAAGAGAAAGACAAAUUGGAAAGUAAGUUGGCAGACAUGAAGGAAAGUCUCCAGCAUGCUCAGUGUGAGCUUGGUAGAGUGAAGGAAACGUUCAACGCCAAGGAAGAGGAACUGAAAGUGUGCAAGAACAAUGCCAAGACUGAAAUACAGGAUUUGAAGUACCAGUUGGAAAAACUAGAGAAAGGCAAAACAGACAGCUCAUCAGAGCUCAGCAAUAUACGUGAACACAUAGAGCAGCUCAAGCAUGACUGCAAUAAGCACCUGGAAGAGAAGAAUGAGUUCCUGUCUCAGUUGAGCGAAGCUAAGGAGAAGAAUCAUUCACUGCAGCAGGAGAAGGCAACCCUGGAGGUUGAGAUAAUGGAGCUGAAGAGUCGUCACACAGAAGAGUCCGAGGAGUGGACUCAGUUCCAGAAAGAUCUACAGGUGGCAGUUCUAGUGGCAAAUAACUUUAGGGCAGAAACACAGGAAGACAUGGAAAAGGUUCAACAGGAAAAUUCUACGUACAGAGAAAAGUGUCGAGUGCUGAUGGAAGAAAAUAAAAAGUUACUGGAAGAAGUUGACAGGCUUAAACUCCACAGAAGCACAGAUGGAACUCCAAAAUCCAUAUUGUCAUCUGCAGAACUCAAAGGCAAGAUGUUGAAUUCUGUAGGAAGGGAGUUAGCUAAUUUGAGAGACAAACGCACUGACCCUAAGACACAAAGCCAGUCUGUGAAAUCCUUAAUACGCUCCAUUGAGGAACAAGUUAAAAGUGGUUGCUCCUCAAUUCAUUCCAGUACAUGCAAUUCCAGGAGAAAUUCUGACUGUUCCAUGGAUGAAACUGUGCAAGGAAUUCCCUGUCUUCAUAAUAUUGUGAAAUCCCCAAGCUCCCCCAUCUCUGAAAAUCCAUCCGUUUUUUCUUCCACAGCAUCCCCUGAGGUGGCUCUGCGGUCAGUGCUCAGGAAACAGGUGGAGAAACCCUCACCACUCAGACAUUCAGUGGGGUCUCUGAGUUUUGACCCACCUCGAUCUCCAAUUGAUUCCUCACCAAAGUCUGCACCCCCUGUAGUUAAGAAUGAUUCCUCUCCUUCUCUGACCUCAAUAUUGUCCAGGAAUUCACAAAGGAGAAGCAGUGGUGUAAGUAUGGAACCUGAGAGAAAGGAUUCAGGUACAAAGGAUCCUUUGGCUGUUUUAGCAAAACAGAUGGGUGGAUCUAAACGCAAUGCUUUGCUUAAGUGGUGCCAGCAGAAGACAGUCAAAUACAGUAAUGUUGACAUAACCAACUUCAGUAGCAGUUGGAAUGAUGGCCUGGCGUUCUGUGCUCUUCUCCACAGCUACCUGCCAAACAAAAUUCCGUUUGCAGAGUUGAACACUGAGGACAAGAGAAGGAAUUUUACCCUUGCCUUUGAGGCUGCUGAGGAAGUUGGUAUCUCCUCAUCUAUACUGAACAUAGGAGACAUGGUUGCCAUGGAGCGUCCAGACUGGCAGGCUGUUAUGGCUUACGUCACCUCAAUCUACAAACACUUUGAACAUGACGCAAAAACUUCUGAUCACACGUAGGAUUGGGUCAUAAUACCAGAAUAUGCAUAGGAUGGAAGCAUAACACCAAAACACACGAAGAAUGAGGACUUCAACAUAUAUUUAGGAAUCCACACAAGACUUCUUAAACAAAAGAGUGUUGAUUGUAUUAAAACUGUUGUAAUAUCCAUUCUAUGUGCUGCUUUAUUGUUAAAAUUUGUGGAUAUUUUGAAGUUACUAAACACCCAGACUCCUAAUUUACUUUCAUUUAUUCCCUAUUUUUCUCUGUACUCAUUCCAGAUUUUACCUUUCUACCGUGAUCAUUUUUGAGAUUUGUACUUGCAUAAUAUUGUUUCUUCUUAUUUUACUGGGACCAAUUUUGUUACUGGAUUUAAUUGUUAAGUUGUAAUUUUUUUUCUAACUGUCUCAAAUAUUUGUUGAGAUUGAAAACCAGCUGAAAUUUCUUUUUGUUAAGUUUAUUCCUGUUUCAUAAAAUUCAUGCUUAUUUUCUACUCAAUUACUGCAUGAGCCUUGCUUUAGGAUUUAGCUACUGUAGUUAUCUUCAGAGUUGCAUGAACGUGUGAAUUAUUUUACCCCGUGAUUUUAUGUUGUCUUCCAUUUAAUGUAUAGUAUGAAGCUAAACGCUAAUAAUUCUAAGAUAUUGGUGUUUAGAAAAAAAUAUUUUGUGGGUUUUUUUUUUUUUUGGAGGGGAAAGGAGGAGGGGGGAAAUGUUGGUUUAAUGUUCAUAGGUGUCUGAUACAGUUGAUACUCUACAGUACUUUAUGUGUGUAUAUAUCCUAACAAUUAAGCUAAUUAAUUCCAUCCAGUUUUAAUUAUGUGCCACAGAAAGGUUGCAUGUUGUGCUUUUAUGAUGAAAUGCAUGUAAAAACACUUUUUGAGGGGAAAAGCUUUUGCUAUUUAUGUUGUUUAUUUUUCAUUUAAUAUGUAGCAUUAAUGUUAAAUUAUAUAGUACAUUUGUUUUCAAUCCAGCUCAAGAUAGCAAACUCUGUUAUAAGAUACAGUAAAACCUUGUCAUCUUGAACUUGAUGGGUUUGGGAAAAGCGACGAGUUACUUUAUCUGAGAAAUUGAGAUUUUGAGGUUAAAAAGUAGUUGGGUCUUCCAACUUUAUCCCACAUAUCCAUGGUAUGCAAGAUAGUAGUAUUUGAGAUACUGAAGUUGAACUGUAUCUUUAAACACUCUGAUAAUAUUUUAUGUAUAACAUAGGUUGAUAAUGUCAGAGUUCCUUAUUAUUUAUCUUGGAUGUAUUCCAACAGCUCAUGAUAUACUGUACUUAAAUAGUGGGAAAAAUUGUAGUCUGUUUAAUUUUUAAGGUGAUUGUCUUGAAAUUUAUAAAAAAUAGAAUAAUUAAGAGUGCUGAAGGAAUGGAGGUUAUGUUAACAGUUACAAAGAAAAAAAAUUGUGAAGUUCAAUGGACUGUACAAUUCAUGCUUUCCAAAAUGCAGUGUUUAUAUUUGUGUCAAAAUAAGGGAUAUUUUCUAAGCAGAUUUGGUUUGAUUCAAUAUUCUGUGUGUGCAGGUUAAAAAAAAAAAAAAUUAAGUCAGUUGAUAUCAAGGAAAACAAUUUAUCAUUUACUUUAGUAAUGUGAAGGGAGAGAAUUUUAGAAUUGCACCUGAUGUAGGACUAUUUCUUUUAUCAAGACUCGAGUUCAGUUUGAUAACACUGAUUUGACAAAUGGCUAAUAAUGGUGCCCAUACUAAUUUAACAUUUUGUUUAUAGGAGGCUUCCAGUAGCGAUCACUUUGUAAUUUAGUCCCAGCGUAUGAUUUAUGUUUGUAAAUCUCAAAACAUGUAUAUUCAGUAUUAUCUUCAUAUUAUUUAUGAGUAUUAUUUAAAACAAGUACUUCUACUUUCAAUAUCUAUAGAAGUAUUUCAACUGACUUUUAAAUGCUGACCUGUUGAAAUCCAGGUUUGAACGUAUAUGUUGCAUCUUCUGCAGAUGGUCAGUUUGCUAUAAAUCCAAACAUGUUUUGUACAGAUUAUAGCACCAAGUUGAUCAGUAUUAAUCUCCUUAAUAAAUUGGCUUUAAUAGCUCAUACAAUCAUGAUUAAAUGUACUCCUGUAGAUGUGUUGGUGAGUUGUACGACCAAAACUACAAAGUAGUUUUUUCUAAAAUCUACUGUAUCCAACUUAAAUGUUUAAUUUUCUUUGUGAGAUUUUGGUAUCAAUCACCAUUGGUUGUAUUUUUUUUUUUUUUUUGGUUACAUCAGGUUUUUUUUUUUUAAAUUAACUAAAGUGUAUGUUAUAAAUGUUGAAUUAUAUGAAUUAUUCAAUGUGAAUUUUAAAUUUGUCUUGUGUACUCGAAGUUGCUGUGUAGAUUAAAUAUAGGCACUGUAUACUAGUAGCUAGCAAAAAUUAAAUGGUUAAACUGCAAUGUGCAAAGAUGUCUGUCAAAGAUGUAUAUGAAGAAAUACUAUCUUUAUUUUUUUUCUUGAAACAUUAAUAAUGGUGCAGUAUUGUGGUUUAUGUACUUAUAUUUUGCAUCAUACAUGUAUAUAUACGCAAAGUACUUUGAUCUCAUUGAAAUUUUCUUUUUAUGUUUAUACAUAUAUGUUAGAUGAUAGGAAUUACUUGGUAAGAAUUUUAAAACAAUAAAUAUGUAAUUAAUGUUCCCACUAUGGCAUUUAGGACCUUAAUACAAGAUAUUUUAAUUACAAAAAUAUGUUAAAAGGAGCACGAUUCUACGUAUUUUUUAAAAAAUUAAAAACACGAAUUUUUUAUUAAUUGUUAAGACACUACCUAGUUCACUUCAAACAAUGUUUAGUUAUGAAUCAAUUAUGAUUUUUAAAAGAUCAGUUAUGUACAUGUAUGUUUAUAAGAUGAAACGGUAAUUACAGUAUAAAGUGUUUUUUUUCUGGAGUACCAUGCCUUCCUUAUAAAUGUAAACAUGAUGUCAUGUUUGAAAGUAAGGAGGCGUACUGCUGCAGUGUUGAGAAGCAACUUCUGUUUAAAUGGAGUCUAGUCAAUGUAAACAAUAUGUAAUUUGUUUGGCAUAAUUUGCUAAUAAAUAAUCAUGUUUUA